AUGGAUUUUGACGAAUCCCGUCUAUACUUCUCCCACCAGCAACUCACAGGCUCAAAUGAGGGGGGUGAAGAGAAUCAUGAAGAAGAGGAAGUUGGUGCUUCCAUUGAUCUUCAAGCCGUUCGUCGUCACUUUCGAGAAUUUCUUCGGAAUUAUCGACUUGGGGCACAGAAGUAUAUCUACAGAGAAAAACUCCUUCGAAUGCAACGUCGACUUCGCAGCAACGGUUUGUCGUCCACCGAAUCUAGCACAGCAAAACUGGAGAUUGAUGUGGCCCAUCUCGGUGAAUAUGACGGAUCUCUUUUGGGAUAUCUCCGAGACCAACCGGCAGCACUUUUACCUGCAAUCGAGCUAGCCGCAGGAGAUGCCUUGAAAACACUCUUGUACGACUUGAGAAAGGAAAACCUUGAUGCAGAGGCUGAUGAUGACAUGGUAGACCAACCAAUAGUUUCAAACGAAAGGAUCAAUCAGCUUGACAAUCUUCCUUCAAUUCAAAUUCUUCUGAAAGGAAACCUUGGGUUCACCCCUUUAAGAAGCAUAAAGAGCGAGCACGUAAAUCGGCUCAUACGGUGCCCUGGGAUUGUCAUAUCCGCUGCCCCUGUACGAAGUCGAGCGACGCAGCUGGUGGUGCGAUGUCCUCGCUGCCUUGACACUCAAACCCUUGUUUCCACAGAUGGACCGUUUGGUUCCACAGUUUUUCCGGCGCGCUGCAAUGGUCCCGAAGCUGGUGAAUGUGGGUCCAGCCCGUAUGCUAUUGUUCCAGACGAGUCUAGCUUCUGCGACAGGCAGACUCUCAAGCUCCAAGAAGCCCCUGAUAAAGUUCCCACUGGAGAAAUGCCCCGGUCAGUCUUAGUCGCUGUUGAAAGAAGCCUAGUCGACUCAGCACCACCUGGAACGAGGGUUUCUGUUUUCUGCAUUCCAACUCUUUUUACAAGUUCGAGUGCAGGAAGCAAAUCAAUAUACUUGCGCGUUGUCGGACUUUCGAGAGGCAAUCAGUCUGGCGACGGGGUUCAGUUUACACCUGUCGAAGAGGAAGCGUUCGCAAAGCUUGCAAAGUGCCCUGAUGUUUAUGAUAUUCUGACAAGAUCUAUGGCCCCAAGCAUCAGCGGUUCUUAUACUGUUGACAUUAAGAAGGCGUUAGUUUGCAUGCUCAUGGGAGGAAGUCGCAAGCGUCUACCUGAUGGAAUACGACUACGGGGUGAUAUAAAUGUAUUACUCUUGGGCGACCCUUCCACAGCAAAAUCCCAGUUCCUAAAAUUUGUUUCCCGAGUUGCGCCAGUUGGAAUUUACACCUCGGGAAAAGGGUCCUCUGCUGCUGGUUUGACAGCAAGCGUUGUCAAGGAUUCAAAAGGAGAAUUCUACUUGGAAGGUGGUGCAAUGGUUUUGGGUGACGGUGGAAUUGUUUGCAUCGACGAGUUUGACAAAAUGAGACCUGCAGAUAGAGUUGCAAUCCACGAAGCAAUGGAACAACAGACAAUUAGCGUUGCAAAAGCUGGAAUCACGACGGUCUUGAACAGCAGAUCUGCGGUCUUAGCUGCAGCAAAUCCAGUGUAUGGCCGGUAUGAUGACUUCAAGAGUGCUUCCGAAAACAUUGAUUUGAUGUCUACGAUUCUUUCUCGGUUUGACCUGAUUUUCCUUGUGAGGGAUAUGAGAGAAGAAGAAAGAGACAGGAUGAUUUGUAAGCACGUCAUGGGAGUGCACAUGGACAAAGAGGGUGGACAGCCAACAAGCAUUGACAACUCUAUUGUCUCCCCCAACGGUGAAAGAACCGAGAAUGAUGCUUCAGCAAUCGCAGAUAAUGUCAUGAGAGUGGCUCAGACUGGUAGAGGAGAGCUUAGCGUACCAGCAAUGAAGAAGUAUGUUCAGUACUGCAAAAUUAGGUGCAAGCCAGUCCUAACAGAAGCAGCAGGCAAGGUUCUGACAAGUUCUUACGUCAAAAUUCGAGAUGAUGUUCGCCAGAGAUCUGUUCAGGCACACCAGACUGGUGGAGACAAUGCACAGUCACCAAUACCAAUUACAGUCAGGCAACUGGAAGCGUUGGUUCGAGUUUCUGAGAGCCUUGCUAAGAUGAGACUAGACUCCAAAGUGAAAGUUGAUGAUGUAAACGAGGCGCUGCGGUUAUUUCGUGUUUCAACCAUGGCAGCAAACUCUGCGGACCAAAACUUGUCAGAUCUUUCGAUCCUCGUAGCGACCAGCGGUGAUGACGUUCGAUGCGUCCAACAGCUUGUUGUGAGUAGGUUAGCCGUUGGAAAAAUGGUCAACAAGCAGAAUCUGGUUGAGGAAGCUUCUGGUUUAGGUUACAAUGCGUCCAUUGUUGUCCGCGUUUUGUCUGCUAUGAUCAUGCGUGGAGAGUUGAUUGAACGGAACCAGGGACGACUCAUCAAAAGGGUAAAAUGA